CUUUCAGAAAGAAGUAACCAUUCAGAUGAUCCCUUAACCGCGCCGGCACGAAACUCACUGGCUCUGAAGAUGUCAAUUGACAGGGAGACACAUCAAAAGGCAAAACUACAGCAUUUCCUGUCAGACCUGGCAAUAUUAGCAUCCCUACAGGGUUUUCAUUAUUUUCAGCCCUGGCUGAGAGGGAAAGAGGAACUGCUGCUGACUGUUGUCAAUGAAGAUCUGAGAUGGCCUGCUCCUGGUUUUCCUGCCUCAGUUGCGUCAUCCUUCACCAGUCCAACUUGCAGUAGCACUUACAGUCUGGACACCGACUAUGCCAGUUCUCCAUUACCUGGUGAAUGUGCACAGCCACCACCCAAACCUCAGUCUCCACAGGUCUCUCAACAGCAGCCUAGCAGGAGUAAUGACUUGCAUCUUCUCCCUGCCUCACCCAGUGAGAGAGAGAUCACUGUGCCAGAAGUUAAUCGCACCCUUUUCCUGCUGGCUGGCUAUGCUAAAUACGGACGCCCAUAUGCAUGGAUAAGAUCUAAUCAUGAACGUUUGAUGAGUGAUAGAGUUGCCGGUUCAUCGGCCAAAGAUUCACCAAUAAAACUCAAAUCCAUCACAGACUGGGUUUUAACAUCUCAAGGAACUCGGGUGUGGGAUGUGGUUAAUGAGUUGGUUGGUCUGUGCACCAUGCCACCUCCAGAUAAUCCUUUCUCACUGGAUAUGUGCUACCUCCAAACCCUUCCCCUCCCAGAGCGCUUCCUUGCGACUGGAGCCCUCCUUAACUUCUUGGAGAUGAUUGUGGUUCAGGGAAGUCACAAGGAAUCAUUCUACAAUUUGGUUGUGGAAGAGAUCAAGUCCUUGAGGCAACUCCAUUUUAAGAGUCUUGCUGAACUGCUGAGAUGUCAUAAUGAGCUUUGAGAGAAGCUUCCCAAAAGUGGAUUCUAGAGAGAAGCAGCAGUUUUUGUCAAAUAGACAUGAUUCUGAAGAUGACAACACCCACUUUGAGCAGAAAGUAGCAGUAGUAAGCUCUGAGAGAGCUUAAUAUAUUUAGAACUAAGAUAUUCAGAUGCAAAAA